CCCAAAGCUCCCAAAAAUCUCAUAUAAAUCCUCGCAAAAGCCUCUCAGACUCAAAAACCCUCUCGUUUUCAUCUCUCAAUUUUUGGCUGCAAAUCUUCCAAAAAAUAUAAUUUAUUUUUUUAAAAAUACUAUUUUCCUUUUUUUUUUCCCCUUUAAUUUACCCUGAAAAUAUAUUCUUGUAUAGUGUUCUUCCCCUAAACAUAGGCAGACAGUACGUAUGUUUUUGGGUUUAGUAUUACCGAUUCAGAUAGAAUUUUCCAAAAAAUUUGAAUCUUUUUUCGUUUCUACUAACCGAGAGUCCUACCUAUAAGGGAGCGGGAGCAGGAAUUUGAGGGGGUUGCGGGAAAAAGAAAAAAAAAAAAAAACAGACCUUUAAAGAAUUGUAGAUGCCGCCGGCGGCCGGCGUAGUAGCACAGUCCGAUCGAGUAUCGGUGGUGGGUCCAUCUCCAAUGCUGAUGAUGCAGAAUCAUCAUCACCUGAUGCAACAACCGGGUUCGGUUCUUCCCGGCCAAGGUCCGGCGGUGAUGCCGGAGAGUUUCGCCAAAGACGCCAUUAUUGCCUGGUUCAGGGGAGAAUUCGCGGCGGCAAACGCCAUUAUCGACGCCCUGUGCGGCCAUCUCAAGCAGCUGGAUGACGGCUUGGGAUCCGGGUACGAGUCGGUUUUCGCCGCCAUACACAGGCGGAGGCUGAACUGGAUCCCGAUUCUACAGAUGCAGAAAUACUAUUCCAUUGCUGAUGUGGCGGUUGAGCUCCGGAAAGCCACCCUGAAUAAGAAGAUGGAAAGGGAUGCUAUCAUCAAAAGGAGUAAUCAACACCAACGACAAGAAGAAGAAGGAGAAGAGGAAGAAGCGGAAGAGGAGAAGCUGAAAUUCGGGUCGGCUCCCACUUCUCCGGCCGCAACGACCAACGAAAAGGAGAAAACCGUUGAAUACUCUGUUUCCGAAUCAGAGGAGACUUCGUUACCGGAGGAAGAGGUAGUUGACAGUCAUGGGGAGAAUCACAGUCAAAGUCAUAACAUUAACGAAAAUGGAAAUGGUGAUGUGGUUGAGGAUUCGCCGGAGAGUGAAAUUACCGAUACAGGAUCUCAAGAAGUGCAAUUCUCGCUCGACAAUGUUGAUAUCUGUUCUAAUCAUGAAGGAUGUGAGGCACGUCGCGAACAGAUUAAAAUUACCAAAGGAUUCAUAGCAAAGGAACCGCUGAAAGGCCACAUGGUGAAUGUUGUGAGAGGACUUAAGUUGUAUGAAGAAAUCUUCAAUGAUUUUGAGCUCUCAAAGUUGAAUGACUUUGUGAAUGAACUCCGGGUUGCAGGCCGGAAUGGUGAACUCUCAGGAGAAACCUUCAUUCUGUACAAUCAGCAAGUAAGAGGUAACAAGAGAGAGCUGAUUCAGCUUGGAGUUCCGAUAUUCGGCCCCAUAAAAGAUGACGCCAACAGUAAAUGUCGAAAGAGCCAUAUUGAACCAAUUCCGGCAUUUCUCCAAGGUGUGAUUGAUCACCUUAUUCAGUGGCAUAUCUUUUCAGAAAACAGAAAACCAAAUGGCUGUAUCAUCAAUUACUUUGAUGAGGAUGAGUAUUCACAGCCUUUCAUGAAACCACCGCACUUAGAUCAGCCUAUCUGCACCCUGGUUCUGUCUCAGUCAACUAUGGCAUUUGGCCGCACUCUUGUUAACAACAGCGAAGGCAACUAUAGAGGGCCACUAAUGCUUUCAUUAAAGGAAGGAUCUCUGUUGGUCAUGAGAGGAAACAGCGCUGAUGUUGCGCGACAUGUCAUGUGCACGUCUCCAAACAAGAGGGUGAGCAUCACAUUCUUCAAAAUCCGGAUGGAGGAUGAAAACACCUUAAUGACAAUGCAACCUGCAAACAGAGGAGCCAUGACCGUAUGGCAGCCGGGAGUUCCAACCCCCAAUGGAGCAUUCAAUGGGAUAGUACCAAUGGACAUGGUACCAAAAUGGGGUGCCAUUAGAACUCCAGUGGUGAUGUUAGCCCCAUUAAGGCCAAUGGUUAUGAACCCUAGAAGGAUGUCGCGUGGCGGUACAGGGGUUUUCCUGCCAUGGACUGUCGGAUCAAGAAGGCCUGCAAGACAUCUUCCUCCACGUGCUCAAAAGAGUCGACUCCUUGCACUGCCUUCUUCAGCCGAAACACGGAAAACCGAUACCUCUGGCCAGUGAUUGGCAAUGAAAAGUGCCUGCUUUCAGAGAAUCUGCCAACUUGGGAUGAAGAAUGAGGCUUUGUGAGAUACUAAUUCUGCUUUUCCUUUGGCUUUUGGCUUUAGUGGCUACACAAAAAAAAAAACCAAUAUAGGCUUUAGAGUUAGUUUGAGGGGAGUGCAAGUUAGCCCAAAUUUAGUGGCUGAAUUUUGUAUGCGGUUUUCUUUAGUUAUGUUUACAGAAUAGUCUAAAUUGUUCAUUGUAGUAUGUGAAUUAAUCCGGUUUGAAAAUGAGUGUUUAUUCUUUUUAACUAUGUGGGAAUGAGGGAGCUACUAAUAUUAUCAUCGCACGCUAUCGGAUAUAUGGUCUCUCCGCAAAUGCAAACCCUGGACGCCCCAUCUUGCACAUUUCCUUUCUCUUCUUUGAGUUAUACUUUAAAUUAGAUGGGAUUUUUUGUUUCACUUUUAGUGUUAUAGCAGCUAUUGUGUUUCGAAACUACAUUUAUUACAAGAACACUUGCUAUGUAAGAUAAAGCUUGCAUUUGCACGUUAUUAUCACAACAAUUUGAAUGGUAAUGGGAAAGAACUGCAAAAGCCAAUAAGUUUUAAC